GUCAAACUAGAACGGACAGCCCUCAAAGUCGCGCAGGCGCAGAUGUGCGCGGGCAGCCAAGAUGCCGGGUUCCAAGUAUAAACCUGCGCCCCUGGCCACUCUCCCCCAAACCCUCAACCCAGCCGAGUAUGAUGUGUCUCCGGAGACCCGAAAGGCGCAGCUCGAGCGCUUGAGCAUAAGGGCCCGGCUUAAACGGGAAUAUCUGCUUCAGUACAACGACCCCAAACGCCAAACGCACAUCGAGGAUCCUGCCUUGAUUCGUUGGACCUAUGCAAGAUCAACAAAUAUUUAUCCUAAUUUCAGACCCACCCCCAAGAACUCACUUUUAGGAGCUGUGGCGGCAUUUGGGCCCCUCAUUUUCUGGUACUACAUUUUCAAAACAGACAGGGACAGAAAGGAAAAACUUAUCCAGGAAGGAAAAUUGGACCGAACUUUGAAUAUCUCCUAUUAAGUUUAGCAAGGAUGACACUAUCCUUGUAUUAAUAAAUCUAUUAUCGCUGAACAGAUUCUUUUGUUCUUGGGUUUAUUGCUGAGGCAUGUUAAUACCUCACAAUGGAAGCAGAGGUGGCUCGUGCUGGGAUAUGUGUGUCAGAAUGACGGCCAGUGUUUGCUGGAUAUUGUAGAAUCUCCUUUCCAAGAGCCCAGCUCGAUGAAGAAAUGUUUCUUUAUUCAUUUAAUCUGUCAUUCACAAAUGAGUCUUAACCAUGGCCAGCUAAUAUGUAUGCUAAGGGUACAAUAGCCAGAGAGCCAGAGUGCACAGCUCUGAGAACUCGUUAGGAUCUAAUACCUAAGUCCUUGCGUGGCCCCAGCCUUAUCGAUGAGCACAGUAGAAGGUAGUGAUGAUGUGAAUCACAUAAGAGACUUGGGAAAAUGAAGUACUGAUAAGGAAGCAGCUCUCUGUGAGAGGUUUGGGGAGAUGGCAUUUGGUUUGGUUUCUGAAAGAUCAGAGGCUGACAGGUCUAACAGGAACAUGAAAGGCUAAGGGGCCUGCUGGGUUUAUCUGACCUGGCUGCCUCUGGGGUAAGAAGGUGAGGGCGGAGAGCAUGCUGAGGAACAGAAGGAUGACAGCCAAGGGCAUAGGCUAGACAUCCAGCUGGGAUGAAGGCUGCUGGGAUUUAGCUGCUAGAAUUCUGGUUUCCAUUUUCUUUUUAUAGCGUGGAGAUUGUAAGGCCUUUCACCUCAUAAAGCCAUGAAGAUAAAAAUGCAGUAGUAUUAACUGAUAAUACCUGCUCCUCCACUUGGUAGUUCAGUCUGAAAACAGUAUGGUAACAAUUUCAUCCACAGAGACAGUCAGAUCAGGGGGGUCAGCAUGCACUCCAGGCUGCUAAGUGUCUUUGGUCUUAACUUUGGAAGCUUAUGCAUCUGUUCCUAUCUUAGCCCUCAUUACCACAGUCAGCAAAGCCUGGAAGGCUUCGUAUGCAGGUAGUUUAUGUUGGGAUCUAAAAGGGCCUGGGAAGAGGGAUGAAGUCCAUCCCUGUGUGCUGUUGACUUCUUGCCUCUGAGUGGCUCCCAUCACAUUCAAAAGGCCUCUGUAGAAUACACAGAAUUCUUCAAACAUGGGUAAAGCAAAUAUCCUAUUUCUGGUGGUCAAGAGUUACGUCCCAGGUGAGCCUUCCUUUCCUGGCUGGCUGGGUCCAUCAGGAAGAAGGUGCUCAGGACGGAAAUCAAGUGUGUGUAGCUGAGCCACAUCGUAGCAGCAAUGGGACUAAGAAGGCGGACAGGAUGUGAAACAGGCACAAGUUUAUCACUUCCUCAUCUGUACCAUGCAGAUCUUCAACCUGCUCACAUUAACUAACACGGCCUUCAAAGUGAUGGCUACAUAACAAUCUACGAACCAGUAUGAGAGGGGCAGUGGGGCGAGCCGAGGCGCACACUACUAGAGCUGGCCUGGAGAUGUGGCUGGUGGUCAUCGUCUCAAGCUUGCUUUCCAGAUGUCCCAUUGGCCACACUGGAGAUGCAGAUUGCUUGGCUGAGGGAGUCACCACCAGGUCUGUUUUUAAAGAUGGCCUUAGUUACUCUAGGUGUUGUAGCAAUCACAUAGUCAUAGUUACCUUGGGCAUGGACGUACCCACAUGUUCCAGCCAAUGCUCUGGCUCAGUUGUGUAGCGGUGACACUAUCCCCUUAUAUCAGUUCUGCCAAUCACAAAUCGGGCUCCCA